ACCAACGUAUCUCGUUUCAUUAUUUGCAAAAUACAAAAGCGACUUUCCCUCUAUUGUCUUUAUCACUAUGCGGAACAAAAAUGGCGGCGAUAAAAGAGGAUUCAGAGGUAACUGAGACUGACUGGCAGAGUAACAAAACUUUACAACAAAGUUUAGAGUUCAUGUUACUUAACCAAAUAGGUUGUGAUGUUCAGUUUGAAGUAGGAGACCAGAAGGAGCAAAUAAAGGCUCACAAAGUUGUACUGGCAAGCAGAAGUCCUGUAUUCUUUGCUCUGUUUAAACAAGAGGAAGAAAACAAUAAACAACCAAAAGUGGUUCAGAAAACAGAUAGAACUGGCAGUGUAGUUUCAGUGAAAAACAUUAUUGAGUCUAAAGUGCCUCGAUCUGAUAGUCAAGCUUCUAUUAAAAGUAACAUGUCCAAUAAAAGUACAUCCAUGAGUAUUGGUAGAGGUGGAGGAUGGAUUGAUAUGAAUGAUUCGUCUAUGUUCGCUAAGCAACCAGUUCCGUCACCUAGGGACACCAUUAAAACCACUGAGCAACCUGUUAUAGAGACGGUGACUAAACAAGAAAAGAUUUAUGAAAUAGCUGACACAGAUUUUAACACUUUUAAACUGUUUUUAAGUUAUCUGUAUACAGACCAUGUUGAGCUAGAGUACAGUACAGCUACAAAACUAGCCCCUCUUGCUGUGACAUACAAGGUUAAUUGCCUCCUCACCCAAACAAUAAAGUGUCUUUUUGACCAGGUAAACGCAGAUAAUGCAUGCAGUGCUUUCGAAAUAGCUCACCUGACAAAGUCUGCGGAUCUCAAAAUGAAAUGUAUGUACAUCAUUACAAAUACCGCACGUGAGGCAAUACGAUCACGGGAUUUCAUGAAGCUAUGUCCAGAUUGUGUCAGCAGAAUAACAGAAUCAACUGAUCUAAAUGCUAGUGAGGACGAAAUUUUCGAAGCGUUAAUAGAAUGGGGCGAGCAUGAGUGUAUGCGAAACAAGAAAGAAAUAAAUCCAACGAAUAUUCGGAAUGUCAUGGGCAAUAUUUUCUACAAUAUAAGGUUUCCUGCAAUGAAUGAUGCGUAUUACAAGCGAGAAGUUGAACCGCAACCAUUUCUCACUACCGAAGAAAAAGAAUUAAUUGCGAAAUUUAAGUCCGGCUCUGCUAAGAGAGAUAUGUUACCGUUCAAGGUUCAUCCGAGAGUAAAUGUUGCGUUCCAUGCUGUGAUGCGCUGUCAGCUGGAUCAAAAACUACAGGAACAUACGGGGAAACCCGAUGCUCUUUGUUUUGAUGUAUCGGAACAGGUAUGGUUACACGGUAUAGCUGUGUUUGGCGCGUACUUUGAACAGACCAACCACGUGCAUCUGGAGGUCCGCGAUGAAAGUCACAACGUAAUCUCAAUUUAUCAAGGUCAAAUUGACACAGUUCCCAAUGAUGAAGUAUACGAAGUUGUGUUACAUGCACCAAUUCUUCUACAACCUGAUCAAAUAUAUACGUUAUUAUUGACACUUGUCGGACCGAACAAACAUUUUUAUAAAGGAAUCGGCGGUAAAAACCUUGUUGAGUUUAAGGAUAUGAAAAUUUGCUUUUAUGAUUCAAACUUUUCAAAGAACGGGACAUCAAUUGAAGGCGGUCAGAUCCCUGCUCUUUUGUUGUCAACUUAACACUUAACAUGCAUAUUAUGUUCUCAAACUAAACAAUACAUUUAGAUGUGACUUUGCAAUUUUAUACACCAAGGCUGUUAUCGUUAUCCUCGAGUGGACGAUUCAAUGUAAAAAAGUUUUUAAAAAUAUUGAGAAUUUAAAUUGAUGCAAUCAAUCAGCCAUUGAUGUGUUAUGUUGUCUUUUUGGG